AUGGCACAGUCGGCCGUGAGCAGCACCAUUCACGAGGUCACGGAGGCCAUCAUUUCUGUGUCGGCCCGGAGAAAGUUGGUGGACUUUCUUUUCGCACCGUCUGCCAAGGAUGAGGCUAAGGUGGCGUUUGCCCGACGCGGUGCCAUUCGAGGCGAGCUAGCGUGCGUCAACGGCACGUCGAUCGCCAUCACGAAACCAGAGCGACUCAGCCCGGCCGACACGGCGCGCUUCAUGUCGAGAAAGGGUUGUUACGCCCUAAACGUCAUGGUCGUGUGCAACGCGGAAUUUCGCAUUCUUGUUGUGGACCCCCGGUCCCCUGGUUCGUGCCACGACUCUUGGGUGUGGCAGCAUAACCCACUGCGCGCGCGCCUAGCCGCACAACUGCAGCCUGGCGAGUAUCUGCUUGCACCUGGCAGCCAUGCCGGCACCACCUCUGAAGGCCACUACAACCGGGAGCACGCAUCCAUGCGCAGUGUUGUGGAGAGAUGUAUGGGGGUGUUGAAAAGCAAGUUCCGCUGCUUGCAGCACUUUCGGACACUGCUAUACAGCCCCGAUAGAGCAACGCGAAUCAUUCAUGCAUGCGUUGCUCUCCAUAACAUUGCCUUGGACGCGGGCCACUGGACAUUGGACGAUUAUGGUGCGGAAGUGCCAGCAGCUGAGGAGCCAGAGGAGCCAGGAGACAUCCAGGUGCUGGCACCACACGACGUGUUCUUCAGAGGAAGGCAGCAGCGCAGCGCUGUUGUGAACCUUUUCUGA